AUGACACCCGACGAAACUAGGGAUUGGAUGGUUCAGCAGCUUGCGUUGCGCAACGCCGCGAGUGCAAAAGUCCUAUCGCCCGCAGCGCCGAAGACCGGCCCCCUCCCGCAGUCUGUGUCCGCGCCGCAGACGUCCUCGCGAGUCCCACUUGCUCCACGACCACUGUUGACCAAGGAGAACAUGCUAGCCAAUAUUGUACCAACCGACUGGCUAAUGUUUCCCUGGAAUCAGUUCUCUUUGUCUUUCCUCAUCCGAGCUGUUCACUUUUAUGACCCCGAGCAGCACAAAACCGCGUACAAGAAGAACAAAGCAUGGUCCGCCGUCGCCAGCGAGGUGCAGACCGCGCUUCGGACCCAGUACUGCGGCGAUAUCGAAGAGCUGCAUGUGGACGAGUUGAAGCUUCUGUGGAAAGAACUGUCGUCGCAGAGAAGUCAUCCCUCCUCGACCAAGACUUGGGAGCCACACUUCAACAAAUACGAGCCCGAGGUCCUUCGCAUGUUAGAUGAGGUGGUCCAAUCGGACUUGGACCGCUACUUUGGCCCUGGCGAGGAGAAUCUUGCUGCGAUGCGCCAACAGAGCCUAGCAUCUCUGGCUAAAUAUGACCUCUUACAGCAGCAGGCGGCGUCAAAACGCAUUUCACAGCAGUCUGCGCCGUCAAAGCAAGCUGCACAGCAGUCUAUGCCACCCAACCGGGUUUUGCAGCCGUUUACGCCGCCAAAGCAGGUCUCUCAGCAGCCUAUCCCACCGAGGCGGGGCAUGACUAUGACUGCAGCAACGCCACCAACUCACCCGAGACCCGAAACCAGCAACGACUUCCCGUCCGGAGCGGCCGCGCAGCGCAAAAGGCCCCGCGAAGCUGCGGAUGACGCGACCGAAUCCUUGGACGACCGUCACGCCGAGACUCGGCGACAACGCGAUGCGAUUCUGCGAGCCAAAGAAGGGAAAGUGCGCGCUCUCGAGGACGCUAAUGCCAAGAGGGACGAGAUGAUCCAGCGCCAAGGGAAGCAGAACGUCAUGGACCCGCGCGACAUGGUCCAAGAGGUGCUCAAGAUGACCAAGGCGCUAAAGGAAGACCUGAGUCGCAUGGAAGGACGGAUGACGUUGCUAGCCUCAGCCUUUCUAUCGGCGGGCGGUAUGGCGGGUCUCGCCCCGCAACUUCUGGCGGGAGCAACAGCUGCUGGGCGAAGCAAUUCUACGGUCUCUGGAAAGGAUUGUGCCCCGACCGCAGAGUCGAGCAGCACGACAGCUGUAGAGGCGGCUUCCACUUCGGAAACGCCCGGCUCACCACUGGCGCGUCAGGUGAAGCGCCCCUCAACCACGUCCAAGUGA